AGGAGAGGAAAGGAGAGGAGACAGCUCCAGUUUAUUCGCCUCCAACUUCUCUCUUUGCUUCUACUUGCGUCUUUCUGACUCUUCUUAUCCACCAAUGCGAGGAUUUUAUUCCUGUUCUCUCUGUUGUUCUCCCAGCUGUCCCGAACCGAGGAAAACCAGUUUAAGGACCAGACGGGAGUAUGUUAAAUAACCCGCACGACUGAGCAAAACAAGAAGAAAAAAAAGAAGAAGACAUGGAUAAACGGAGUUAUUCUCUCGUUUUGCCUGCAGCUUUCUUCCACUUUGCACUUUUGGGAUUUACUGCCGGACAAUUCUUCCCAGGUGGCUGUACAUUUGAGGAGUCAUACAGCAGCUGUGGAUACAGCGUCUCUCUUGGAACCAAUGGAUUUACGUGGGAACAAGUCAACUCCUGGGAGAAACCCACCAUGGACCCUGCUCUGCCGACUGGUUCGUUCAUGGUGGUGAACGCGUCGGGCCGGGCGUCGGGGCAGAAGGCUCACCUCUACAUGCCCACCCUGAAGGAGAAUGACACCCACUGCAUCGACUUCCUGUACUCCCUGUCCAGCCGGGACGGAGCGAGCCCAGGAACGCUCAACGUCUAUAUCAAGGUGAACGGAGGUGCUCAGGGUAACCCUGUAUGGAACGCCUCUGAUACUGUCACUGAAGGCUGGGUGAAGGCUGAGCUGGCCAUUUCCACUUUCUGGCCCAACUCCUACCAGGUGAUAUUCGAAGCGGUUUCAGUUCAAGGCCAUCCUGGUUUCAUCGCCAUCGACGACAUUCGAGUUCUGGCUCACCCCUGCCGUAAAGCGCCUCAUUUUCUGCGUCUGCAGAAUGUGGAGGUGAACGUGGGUCAGAACGCUACGUUUCAGUGUACUGCCGGAGGGAAAUGGUCUCAGCACGAUAAACUCUGGCUACAGCAGUGGAACGGUAGGGACACGGCACUGAUGGUGACCAGGGUGGUGAACCACCGACGUUUCUCAGCGACCGUCAGCGUUGGCGACACAUCGCAGCGCAGCACCAGUCGCUACCGCUGUGUCAUCCGAUCCGACGGCGGGUCCGGGGUGUCCAACUACGCCGACCUCAUUGUCAAAGCUCCCCCCACCCCCAUCGCUCCCCCUGAGCUUCUGGCUGUUGGCGCCACUUACCUUUGGAUCAAACCCAACGCCAACAGCAUCAUCGGUGACGGGCCGAUCAUCCUGAAAGAGGUGGAGUAUCGAACCACUUCAGGGAACUGGGCAGAGACCCACGUGGUCGACUCCCCCACCUAUAAACUGUGGCAUCUGGACCCAGAUGUGGAGUACGAGAUCAAGGUCCUGCUGUCCAGACCUGGGGAGGGAGGAACGGGGCCGCCGGGGCCGCCACUGGUCACCAGGACUAAAUGUGCAGAUCCAGUCCACGGUCCCCAAAACGUCAAUGUGGUGGAUGUCAGAGCCCGCCAGCUGACGAUACAGUGGGAGACGUUUGGGUAUGCUGUGACACGCUGCCACAGCUACAAUCUGACGGUGCAGUACCAGUAUGUGUUCAACCAGCAGGAGUUUGCAGCCGAAGAGUUGAUCCAGACCUCGUCACAUUACACCCUGAGGGGCCUGAGGCCCUUUGUCACGGUCCGACUGCGACUCGUCCUGGCUAACCCCGAGGGCAGCAAAGAGAGCGAGGAGAUUGUCAAACAAACAGAGGAGGACGUGCCUGGCUCCGUGCCGAUGGAGUCUCUGCAGAAUACACCAUAUGAGGAGAAGAUCUUCAUGCAGUGGAAAGCUCCCAACGAGACCAACGGCGUCAUCACUCUGUAUGAGAUUACCUACAAGGCUUUGAGCUCGUUGGACCCCAGCGCUGAUCUGACAACCCAGAGGGGACGGGUGUUCAAGCUGAGGAAUGAGACCCAUCACCUGUUUGUAGGUCUCUACCCAGGGACCACCUACUUCUUCACCCUCAAAGCGUCCACGAACAAAGGCUUCGGCCCGCCUGUCACCACCCGCAUCACCACCAAGAUAGCAGCCCCCAUGAUGCCAGAGUACGAGUCUGAGGCUCCACUGAACGAGACAGAGACCACCAUCACCAUCCUGCUAAAGCCCGCCCAAUCACGUGGCGCACCUAUCAGCUCCUAUCAGCUCGUUGUGAAGGAGGAGCGCAAAUCCAAGACUCGCCGCGCCGCCUCCGAGGCCCCCGAGUGUUUCUCUGCCCCUGUCAGCUUUCGCAACGCGUCCAUCUUGGACUCACCGUACUACAUCGCUGCCGAACUGCCCCCGUCCAGUCUCACGGUGGUGCAGCCAUUCACGGUGGGAGACAACAAAAGCUAUGGAGGUUUCUGGAAUCCUCCGCUGUCACCGGCCAAGAGCUACAGCAUCUACUACCAGGCCAUGAGCAGAGCCAACGGGGAAACCAAAAUCAACUGCGUCCGCCUGGCUAACAAAGUGGUAAUAGGUAGGGGACAAAUAACAACGCCGUACAUUCUAGUCAUCCCAAGCGAAGGUGCGUCCACACAGGACUCUGAUGCAAUGGAGCCGGAGAAGCAGGUGGACAGCACAGUGAAAAUGGCCGGAGUGAUCGCAGGAAUCCUCAUGUUCAUCAUCAUCCUCCUUGGCGUCGUCCUCACCUUCAAACGCAGAGAGAUUCACACGUGGAGAACUCUGAGCGUGGGAAGACAUGCUUAUUCCUACUCUUAUUACCUGAAGUUGGCGAAGAAGCAGAAGGAGACGGCCAGCAGCUCCACCCAGCAGAGGGAGAUGGGUCCGGUCACCACGGCUGAUAAGAGCACCACUAAAGUCAGCACCCUGCACAAAGACGACCCCUUCUCCACCUCCAACCAGGACCUCAACGGAUUCACCUCCCCCUCUCCUUGCUCCUUCUCCGUGCAGGGAAGCAAGACGCUGCAGAGCAAAUCCCUGCUGAAUUCCUACUACUCAGUGUCCAAAGAGCCAGUUCCAGCCACAACUUCUAUAGACAGCAGCCAGCCGUCCCUCGCCCAGCCCUCUCUGACCCUGCAGAGUUUCCCCUACGGAGGCUGCGAGUCCGUGGAGCUCUCCUACCAGAGCGGUCAGUUCCAGGCAGGCCAGUUUCAGCCCGCUAUUCGAGUCGCAGAUCUCCUCCAACACAUCACCCAGAUGAAAUGUGGACAGGGCUAUGGUUUCAAGGAGGAAUAUGAGGCCCUGGCAGAGGGACAGACGGCGCCUUGGGAAACAGCCAAGAAGGACGAGAAUCGCAACAAGAAUCGCUAUGGCAACAUCAUCGCUUACCCCACAGAUGAUCACACCAGAGUCCGACUGCAGCUGCUGGACGGAGACCCCCACUCUGACUACAUCAACGCCAAUUAUAUUGACGGGUACCAUAGACCCAGACAUUACAUCGCCACACAAGGGCCCAUGCAGGAGACGGUGAGGGAUUUCUGGAGGAUGGUCUGGCAGGAAAACUCGGCCUCUAUCGUCAUGGUUACCAACCUGGUGGAGGUGGGCAGGGUGAAGUGUGUGCGUUACUGGCCGGAUGAAACGGAAGUUUAUGGAGACAUCAAGGUGACCCUGAUAGAAACCGAACCUCUGGCUGAAUACGUCAUAAGGACAUUCACCGUCCAAAAGAAGGGUCACCAUGAGAUCCGUGAACUCCGUCAGUUUCAUUUCACCAGCUGGCCCGACCACGGCGUUCCCUGUUACGCCACCGGACUGCUCGGCUUCAUACGACAGGUCAAGUUCCUCAACCCGCCUGAUGCUGGGCCUAUAGUGGCACACUGCAGUGCUGGUGCAGGGAGGACGGGCUGUUUCAUUGCAGUGGACAUCAUGUUGGACAUGGCAGAGAAUGAAGGCGUGGUGGACAUUUUCAACUGCAUCCGAGAGCUGAGAUCACAACGAGUCAACAUGGUCCAGACAGAGGAGCAGUACGUGUUUGUUCACGAUGCCAUCUUGGAGGCCUGUCUAUGUGGGAAUACAGCCAUACCAGUGUGUGAGUUCAGAGCCAUUUACUACAACAUCAGCAGACUGGAUCCACAAACCAACUCCAGCCAAAUUAAAGAUGAGUUCCAGACUCUGAACAUAGUGACCCCAAGAGUCCGUCCAGAGGACUGCAGCGUGGGAUUGCUACCGAGGAACCACGACAAGAACCGCAGUAUGGACGUUUUAUCAGCAGACCGAUGCCUGCCUUUCCUCAUAUCUGUGGACGGAGAGAGCUCCAAUUACAUCAAUGCUGCAUUAAUGGACAGCCACAAACAGCCAGCGGCCUUCAUUGUUACCCAGCAUCCUUUGCCAAACACCAUGGGCGACUUCUGGAGGCUGGUGUUCGACUACAACUGCUCCUCCAUUGUUAUGCUCAACGAGAUGGAUGCAGCGCAGUUAUGUAUGCAGUACUGGCCAGAAAAGAGUUCGUGCUGCUACGGUCCCAUUCAAGUCGAAUUCAUAUCGGCAGACAUCGAUGAGGACAUCAUCAACCGAAUCUUCAGGAUCUGCAACAUGGCCCGGCCACAAGACGGUUAUCGCCUGGUGCAGCACUUUCAGUUCAUCGGCUGGCCGGCUUACAGGGACACGCCUCUCUCCAAACGCUCGAUCCUCCAGUUGGUCCGAAGGCUGGCUAAGUGGCAGGAGCAGUACGACGGAGGAGACGGCAGGACGGUGGUACAUUGCCUUACUGGCGGAGGGCGUUCUGGAACGUUCUGUGCCAUCUGCAGCAUCAACGAGAUGAUCCAGCAGCAGAACAUCGUGGACGUUUUCCACACCGUCAAAACACUGAGGAACAACAAGACUAAUAUGGUGGAGACAAUGGAACAGUACAAGUUCUGCUAUGAAGUGGCUUUGGAGGCGCUGAGCUCCUUCUGAUUGGCUGUGUGAUGACAUCCUCUUUUCUGAUUUGUGGUUGACGGUGCCUGUCAUCUUCAGCGCAACACUGGAACACACAAAGUGCAAAACUGCUUUGUGCUGACCAGAAACCAACCUGUGAGCAUGUGUGCCUGUGAGUGUGUGUGUGUGUGUUUGAGAGAGCGUGCACGUGAUUUGGUGUGAAUAAGAGAGGGCAUGCUUGCAUACUUGAGUGUGCCUGUGAAAACACAUACACACACACAACCUGUACAGAAGAGAAAAAAAGCGACACACAUACACACUGGUGAUUUUCGUGUGUGUUCGCUUCAGCAAGACUGUGAACUUUACAUGCUUGUACAAAGAAAAAAAGAAAAAAUGAUAUGUUAAAAAAACAAAAUCAGAUGUUUAAAAAAAGCGCCACUUUUUCCUUCUCUAUCUCUCUGUCCUCUCUGCUGGGCUGUGAUGUGACUAUUGUACAGUAUUUCCUUUUUAGAUAUAUUCUACGCCUUGAAUGUUGUCUCCCUGUGAAGGCUGGAUGCACACUGGAAGAUUUCCCACACUUAGCUAAGCUUCAAGUGAUGCCUCAACUCUGUGUUUUGGACUCCAAUAUUCAUCCCAGAGCUUUUCUAGAGGUUUGUGUUUAGCUGAGACAGAUCAAAGCAAAAACCAACAGACAAUUGUUGAUAUUUUUUGGCAUUUUUCCUUGAAAUAAUAAGCAGAUAGAUUUCCCUGUGACUCAACAGCCUCUUGGCUGCCUCACUGUUAAAUAUUAAAUUAUGUGUAAUUCAGUAAUUGGUAACAAAAUUUCUCAGUAGGGUUUCUUUACCUUCAAAGAAACAUCAUUUAUGAUUUUUCUUUGACAGUUUUUCUUUUACUGGAGAAAAAUGCUUGCGAAUGUUGUAAAAAGAGGAGAAAGUAGCAUGUUUGAAGCUACAGUUAGUGGAGUGCAUGGUGAAGAGUAACAACAGCAUUAAAAAAACAAGAAAAAAGAAAACUCAUGCCUUGCCUUUAAGGCCAAACAAUGUUGUUGUCCCAGCUCCAGUUUUGUUUUUUGUUUUUUCACCAUUUGGGGCUAUAAGAUAAAAAAAGGUUUCAUAAAUAUGUUUGAAUGGCUUUAUGUAAAAAUCAGUUUUGUCAAAAUCUUAUAGUGUGCAUCUACUCUUACUGUAAAUAAGAUAAGACAACCACAGUCAAACAAACAAACAGACAAACAUCAUGCACCAGAUACAUUACAAUUGAAGGUUAUUAUUUCAAAACGCUAUCACUCUAUAAAUCUGUGUCAGUGUUAUUUUCAGCGACUCAGCGUAUUAUAGUUUGGAAUAUGUUACUACAAACUGUCCAUUUAGACAUGUUGUCUAAAAAAUAUAUAUAUUUUUGCAUAUUGCACAUUUAGCUGACGCCCAUAUUUAGAGUGACUUAAGCUGAGGAAGCAGAUUGCUUUAAUUUUCAUGAAGCUUGGGGAUAACGCCGUUUUCUCCAGCCUGCAAUCUAUCAUUAAAAUGACAACUGCAAACAGAAAGAGACAGGUCAUAUUUACUUCCUCGACAAACAGAGCCUGGAAUGUGCUUUUUGCUGAGAACAUUGAGGUUUUCAGGUUUAAAAAUUCAUAUGACAAACUCACUCCCCAGUCUUAAAGGAAAUGAUUCCAGCUGAUGAUUGACCCCAGCAUGAAAGAAGGUCAACAUGGCUAACAGUUAAGACCUGUGGGAGUUAUUAUACAGGAUGUGAGGCCAACCACAGCUUUCCAUUAUCUCCUCAUCUGAGACGACUUUUGUCUUUUGACAUUUCUCUGUUGGCUAUUUAAGAGAUGCAGAAGUUUUUAUUCUCUUGGCCAGAACUGGCAUACCUGUGGUAAAAUGUUGUGGCAAAAUGUUCAGUCUGCGCUUAUGUUUUAUUUUGUUGCUAGAGUCCAGUCAGGCUCGUUUGUGGACCUAUCAAGACAAAGACUGUAAGGGUGUUGUAUUGAAGACCAUGUGAAAGCCAUUAUCAUUUUUAUUUCCACCAAGGAUUUAUUUUAUUGGCUUGGUUCACAGCUGUUCAUCUGUAUUAUAUAUUUUGUUUAUUUGAUUUCUUUUUGGAUUUUUUCUUUGUCCUGAAUUUGUACAUUUGUUUUGUAUAAUUAUUAUUCUGAUGAUUAUUUGUCUAGCAAAGUGUUGUUUAGAUCUGGUGAUGCCAUUUCCAUUGGUUGUUUAGUUGUUUGAAAUGUGGUUACAAUGAAAUAAAGGGACCAAAAUGUUGAA